GCCGGGGCCUAGUAGCAGCUGCAGUAGCCGGCGGGAGGCAGUGGCGGCAACGAAGGGGAAGCGCGGCGCAGCUGGAGGAGCCCCGGCGUCGUGGGGCGCAGCAGGUUAUGAGUGCUGGCUGUAUGCUUUUCAGAGCAGUAGUGUGAGGAAGCUUGGAGUGGAAUGGCAGGACGGCCUCAUCCUUAUGACAGUAACUCCAGUGAUCCAGAGAAUUGUGAUCGAAAAUUGCAUAGUAGACCCCGUAAACUUUGUAAGCAUUCAAGUUCUUCUUCUCGUGUUGCUAAAGGAGAUUGUAGCAAAAUGAGUCUCCAUGGUGCUAGUGGUGGGCAUGAAAGGUCACGAGACCGACGCAGAUCAAGUGAUAGAUCACGUGACUCCUCCCAUGAAAGGCUCGAGUCUCAGCUUACCCCGUGUAUCAGAAAUGUGACUUCACCAACAAGACAGCAUCAAGGAGAACGUGAGAAAGAUCAUAGCUCAUCUCGUCCAAGCAGCCCUCGACUUCAGAAAACCUCUCCAAAUGGUUCCAGUAGUAGUAUUGGGAACAGUAGAAACAGCAGCCAGUCAAGUUCAGACGGAAAUUGCAAGAAUGCUGGUGAAAUGGUUUUUGUAUACGAGAAUGCAAAAGAGGGAGCUCGGAACAUAAGGACUUCUGAGAGAGUAACGCUCAUAGUGGACAACACUCGAUUUGUUGUAGAUCCUUCUGUUUUUACCGCACAGCCAAAUACAAUGUUGGGCAGGAUGUUUGGAUCAGGAAGAGAACAUAAUUUCACACGGCCCAAUGAGAAAGGAGAGUAUGAAGUGGCCGAGGGAAUUGGCUCUACUGUGUUCCGUGCUAUUCUGGAUUACUACAAGACUGGGGUGAUCCGUUGUCCAGAUGGAAUAUCUAUUCCUGAACUUAGAGAAGCUUGUGACUAUCUCUGUAUUUCUUUUGAUUAUAGCACUAUCAAAUGUAGAGACCUCAGUGCUCUUAUGCAUGAAUUAUCAAAUGACGGCGCUCGGAAACAGUUUGAAUUUUACCUUGAAGAAAUGAUACUGCCACUGAUGGUAGCCAGUGCUCAAAGUGGAGAAAGAGAAUGCCACAUUGUUGUGCUCACUGACGAUGAUGUGGUUGAUUGGGAUGAAGAAUACCCUCCACAGAUGGGGGAGGAAUACUCACAAAUUAUUUAUAGUACAAAGUUGUUACCCCACAUACAAGGAAAAGGUUAAGAAGCGGCCUGGAGGACGGCCAGAAGUUAUCUAUAAUUACGUCCAAAGACCUUUCAUCAGGAUGUCAUGGGAGAAGGAAGAAGGGAAAAGUCGGCACGUUGAUUUCCAGUGUGUAAAAAGUAAAUCUAUUACCAACCUGGCAGCAGCUGCAGCAGACAUUCCCCAGGACCAGCUGGUGGUGAUGCACCCCACUCCCCAAGUGGAUGAGUUGGAUAUUCUUCCCGCGCCCCCUCAACCCAGCAACAGUGAUGUGGAUCCUGAGGGACAGAAUUUGCCACUCUGAUCUGAACUCUUGGUUAAACAAAAGCAUGCUAUUAUAAAAAUGAAGAUGCUGUAAUGAGCUCAUACUGCACUACAAUUCCAGCUUCUCUCCAUUGUGUAAUGAACAUAAAAUGUUUUAGGAUAUUGCAGUAUGGACUUACAAAAGACCAAAGUGGGAUCUGAUUAUGGUUUGUGGGAGUACAUGUGUAAGAACAUCCUGAGGUUCAGUUCCAUACCUGCAUAUGUUUACCAGUAGGUUUUGUGGUAUUGGUUAUUUGUAUGGUGGACUGUCCUCAUCCUAAGGCUCUCUGUCACAGCAGGAUUUGGAAGUUACAGUUUAUUCAGUAUUUUGGUACACGAGUUAGCAAAAUGCAGACUUAAAAUUGAUAGUGGCACUUUAUUAAUGGUGGACAAAAAGAAUUCUCAAAGCCAUUUUUAUAGUCAUGAUGCACAAUGUUGAGUCUAACAGAGUGCUUCUUUCAGAGACUUUCUAUUCAGCUAAAUGUAAAUAGUUUGUUCUGAGUGGAGGUGAUGAGCCUACUUUGUUCUCUUAUGGACAAGCACAAAAUUCUUGCCACUGGGGCUUUUGGAUUGUGAGGUUGAGAUCCAACAGCCUUCUUUUUCAGAUUUAUUCAGCGAAGGGAUUUUUCAUGUUUGAUGUGAGCCAUGUUCAAGAGCCAGGAACAUCCAAUACGGGCUUUAUCUUAAAAUUCUGCCUUACCUUAAAAAUAUUUAUUUACUGAGUUUUUUCAUAAGUGUCAUGGAAUAGGAAAAUGCAAAUUGUUCACUCUUCAUUUAUUAACUGAUUGUAAACGAGUUUUUCAUUCAAAUAAAAAUUUCCAUUAUUUUAA